AUGGAGCUCUAUGAUGAGAAGCUGCUCCUCAGGGGUGAUGUUUCCCCGCCGGACGUCCGGCCGCAGGUAGUUCAGCCAUCGAAGCCGGCAGCUCUUGCCCGUCCUCUUCAGACCUGAACAAGAAGGACCACGCGGCGAAGCAUGAAGCAAGAGGAGAAAAAUAAACAAGAGGAAGAGGCACUCGGGGGAGAAAAACUCCAGAACAGGCGGAGGAUGAACCUGCGGAGCGAGCCAGUGUGUUCCAGACGCCUUCUCCGUGGUUGGUGAUGUAG